UAUUAAAUUUAAAGUAUCUGUAUAUGUUAAAAUUUUGAAAAAAAGAAAAACAUAACCUAACCUAUUUCUUUUUCCCUCUUCGUGCCAUAAAACCACCACCACCAUCACCCUUUUUCUUCAAAUUUUUAGCCUAAAACCUGCUCUAGUAACAGCUGUGAGCAUAGACAAGUUCAAGGGAAUAAAAAACUUGAGGGCUCAGGAUCAUCGAUCGUUCUCCAAGCAAGUCGGCCAACAUACCUGAACUGGAACUUGAGGUAAGGGUAAGAAAAAAUUAAACCAACCAUGAGAUGACGGUCUUCUCCAACAAUGUCAUAUUGACCCUACCUGCCUGUGUGCCAAGUUGCCAGGAGUUAUUUUGGACUGGCUAUAUCUGUUGUAUUUUGAAUUGUGUUUUGAAUUGCUAUUGUAUAUGGUCUUUUGGUUAAAUCUUCUAUAAUAGGGAUCCCCGGAACACCUUUUUACUGCUGUUAUAAUGUCCGUUUUUAGUGUUUUAUUUUAGUCAAGUUUUUAUUAUUCUCACAGUUUUUAAUAAUUAAUAUAUUAGUAUUAAACUAGUUUAUAAAAUCACACACGUGGCGUCCCUAUAGAAUAGGGCGUUACAACUUGGUAUCAAAGCAGCCAUAGUUUUAAAGGUCCUGAAGACUGGUUGAAUAUGUACAUUUUCUGCGAAGACACGUCGACUCAUGGUACAGUAAGUGUUUAUGUUAUCUGCUAUUGCCUUACCUACUUAGACAAUCAUAGUGUAUGAUGGGAAGAAGUAGUAUGUGAAUAUUUUAUGCAUAUUCUUAUUGAUAUCGUUUGAAUUCUAAAUGGUUGAAGGUUUUUGGGUUACAGGAUAUUAGAUCAUGCUUCAGCAGUCUGGCCAUUUAAAUUGCGAGCUGGGGCUCGGGGUAGGUGGUGGGGAAGAGCAUCUUCCACCCCCUCAGGACUGGGAACAAUUGUAUGUUGCCAUGCAAGAGACGAUUAGGCAGCAAGGGGAGCAGAUUUGAGACCUGAAGGAGCAACAGGCUCGUCCUGCACCUAUACUAGCACCUCAGGUAGUGCCACAGAAUAUGGGGGAUCAUAUGGAACCAAUUUAUGAGCGGUUUCAGGAAACGAAAUCUACCUGUGUUUGAGGGUGGCCCAAACCCACUGAAGGCAGAAUAGUGGAUGAAUAUGAUUACUUCCAUCUUUAAUUUUAUGCGGGUUGAAGAUAAUGAUAGGGUACAGUGUGAUAUCUAUAUGUUACGGGAUGAUGCCCGGAUAUGGUGGGAGAUUGUUUCCCAAGGUUAUAAUCUGAAUACUAUGACUUGGAAUGCAUUCAGGGCACUGUUUUAUGAUAAAUACUAUAAUGAAUCCAUUCGUGCUGCUCAGGUUAAAGAGUUUGCACGAUUAGUUCAGGGUAGCAUGACUGUGACUGAAUAUGCUACCAAAGGUUAUAGGCUGACCAAGUUUGGUCCUGAUGAAGUGGCCAGUGAUGCUAUAAGAAAAGCUAAGUUCAUCAGAGGUCUUGAAGAGUAUAUUGCUAGAGAUAUAAUUAUGGCAGCCAAAAAAUCAGGGGUCGUGAAGAACUACCCCCAGAUUGUGGACUUAGCUCUCACUGCUGAGGGGGCUGAAAGCCUAAUUCGUAAAAAGAGUACUCAAAGGAAGGACGUGCGGAAGACCUCAUCUUGUACUGGAGUGAGUAAAAGCUUUAGCCCCAAUGACUUAAAAAGGAAACCAGAUGGACCACCGGUUGUGGAUCCAAAUAGAAAGUUUCAAGGUAACCAGGGCUUUCGUCGAGGCAGAAAUGAGGUUUGGCAGCCUUACCCUGAAUGCCCGAAAUGCAAGAGACACCACUUGGGUGAAUGUUGGUCUAGAGUUUGCUACCAAUGUGGAGUAGCAGACCAUUUUAAGAACAACUGCCCGCAGCUACAGAAGCCCAAGGCUAAGAAAGAGAGUCAUAUAGUUCCUGCUAGGGUAUUUACUUUAAUCCAAGCAGAUGUUGAGGCUGCCCUUCAUAUAAGUCUCACUUCCUGACUCUAACCAAUUGGAACUCCAUAUGUCUUUUGUGAGGGUGGUCUGCUCUAUGAGCUUCUCUUGCACCUUGAACAUGUCGCAAAACUCGUGCAGGUAGGCUUCAGUGAGCUAUUGCCCCUCCAGUUAUUCUGGUAGGGGUGGGUGUGACUUCUCAUUUAUCUUCUGCUCUAUUCAUCACCUCUUGCCAGAAUAGAUCCUCAUCGAUCAUGUAUCUCUUAUGUCGCCUCCAACGGAAAGAUGUUCUUUUUCCAUUGCAGAAAGCACAAAAUCCAGCCAUGAAAAAAAAUAAAACGAAAGCAGGUCCCCACAAAGUCAGCCCCCAUUUUCAAAUAAAUGGAAAUAUAGCAUCGGGUAUGACCCUCAGUUGAAAAAAAGCUAUGAAACACAUCUGAGACCCUAAUUUCCUUGGGACUAUGCUUUUAUUUCUGUAUCUUCUUUGUCAACAAUUAAGAUUCCCUAUUUUUAAUUCAUACUUGGGAAAGUAGGAGGUCAUUUGGCAACGAGAGUGGCUUCAUUUUUGAGUUUUCCCAAUUCUCGUUACAGAUUGUAAAGUGCUUGCCAAAGCAGUUUUUCAUAGAAGUGUGCCUAGUUGGCAGAUCAAGACUAUUUUUAUUGAGUUGUUUGAUA